AGUAUGAGAAGAUUGAUGAGGAAAGCAUCAAGGACAUGACAGAAGAAGACUUGAAGGAAUUCUUACCAAAAUAUGGGGACAGGAUUGCCUUGCGGUCUUUAAUUGCUAAGCGAAGAAAACAUAAAGGAAACGCAAAGAUGAGUCUCCUUGAAAAAUUAAAACACAAAUUAAAAAGAAACCAGACAGAAGAAGAGGCCGGACCAUCAUUGAGUACGUUGAGCGAAGGAUCUACUUCAUCUUAUUCAAAAAAUGCAUUGAAAAACCAACGGAUUAUUGAAUUUGGCCUUAUGGUUUUCGACGUCUCUUCACAUUUAUAUAAAUCAAUAAGAGCUAAAAAGGGAGGAGGAGUAAGAAAGACAAAGGUUUCAAAACAUAACUGCAAGGCUGAUCUGUUGCAAGCUGCAAAAGAAAUUUUUCUGAAUGGCCAGUUUGGUUAUGGGAAUCCGGAUGAAUUUGAGUGUGAUAUUAUGGACUACAAGCAAGUAUCCCUGGAGGAAAACAUCACGGUUGGUGAAAUUAUUGACAGCACAAAAUUGCAAAAGUUACGGUUUUAUUUAGCGCUUAAGAGAAAAACAGACAUAGCAUCAGACAGUGAUGACUCCCUUCCGGACAUCAGCAGAUAUCCGAAAAGAACCAGAGAUGGAUAUGUGGUAGAGAAAGACCAAGUUGUCAAGCAGGACUACUCUCCAAUACGCCAGCUUCCAGUUUCACAAUUGGAUGUGAAUGAGCAAACCUUUUGCACGAGCACUCCUGAUAACACUCAUCGUUCUAAUUUGUCACAAACAUCAAGUGACCAAUUAAACCUUGUGGAUGUAUUUCCGCUUUUCUACCAAGAUCCAGAGAUCUCGUUCGGUCCAACAGACAGACUAAAUAGUGCAGAUGAAACUCUUAAUCUUCAGCAUGACAUAGAUUUAUUACUUGAGGAAGAUAGCGCUGAACAUGUCAGCACUCUACAAAAUCAAGAAAAUGUGACACCUCCCUUAAGACCAGAAGCAGCCAUAGAAGAGCGCACCAUUCACAUCCGAAGAGGAAAUUGUAUGACUGACCUCAUGGGCGCAUUCUCAGAAGAUAAAGCUUUACAACAAGUCAUCACAAUUGGUCGUACACUGGAAACAGGGGGUAAAAGAAUUAGGAUCAGGUAAUGGGGUGGUAAUGGAUUGCCUCUGUGAAUUUUGGAGUGAUUUUUAUGAAAGAUGUACAACUGGCCUAGACGAAAAGGUACCUUUCCUUAGACACGACUUCACAGAGCAGGAAUGGAAAGCAUGUGCACGUAUUUACUUAUUCGGAUGGGCCCACUUCAAGUACAUUCCUGUUCAGUUGUCAACACAGUUCAUCAAAGCAGCUUUAGGUCGUCCUUGCCAAAACCUAGUUGACUCUUUUAUGAAAUUUGCAAACCGGGAAGACAGCCAGGUGAUUCGCUCUGCUUUGGAAGAUUUUGCCAGUGUUGACCUUGACGACCUGCUAGAUGUACUGGGUAACCACAGUGUUAAGAAGAGAGUUAGUGCGGAUACUCUACAAACAAUCAUACGUGAAGUUGCCCACAAAGAGCUUAUACAAGAGCCAAUGUUUAUUAUUGACAACUGGAAAGAGGUGUUACAGUUCUCUGCUUUUGGACUGAUCAGUGACGCAGACUUGUCAUCACUUUAUGAGGAGUCAAUACCAACUGGAAGGAAGGUUUUGAAAAGACUAACAGUUAAUGCGAAAGACAAGAACGAGGAAGAUGUAGGGCAACCACCUCAAAAGAUAUCUACAAAGUUAAUACAUCACUUUAUAAUUGUACAAGGGUGCUGAUAUUUGGCAAUAGAGCCCCUCCUGGGUUAAACUAUCCCAUGUCGGAGUCAAAAUAGAAGUUUUUUUGGGAAAAAAAUCAGAAUUUUGCAAAGGGCCUGUUUCCAAAAUGGCCCCUUCUCUGAUUCAAAUUUCCUGUUGGUGGUGCAUUGCCCAUGCC